AUGGCCCGCACAUUUCUCGCUUUUCAGCACCAUGCAAAGCUGUAUACCCUUCAGACUCUCGUGACUGCCGUGCGCCCCUUCGCGGCACUCGAGGAAGCCAACCGUCAGCUCUUCAAGGAAGGCAGCGAAGAAGACCAUGUGGUAGUUACGGAAAAAACUAUAUUCCACCCUCAAGGCGGCGGCCAGCCUUCUGACAUAGGCAUGAUCACUUCCCCCUCUGGCGCUUCUUUUACCGUUACCUCGGUUCGGAUGGACGCCCUUCAAGACGGCCAGGUCCUGCACUUUGGACGUUUCGGGCCAUCCACUUUCGCACCUGGUGAGACGGUGCAGCAGGAAAUUGAUGUGGAAAAGCGUCUUCUCUACUCACGGCUGCACACUGCCGGCCAUGUCUUGGGUGCUGCAGUUAAGCAUCUUGUGGAAAAGGAUGUGGAGGGAUUCGAAGAGCUGAAGGCAUCGCACUUCCCCGACUCGGCAGCAUGUGAGUUCCGGGGUCUUAUUGAGGGAAAAUGGAAGCCAAAUAUCCAGGAUAAGGUCAAUGAGUUUAUUGCUGCGGCCAUGCCGGUCGAGAUAGAGUGGUGGGAUGAAGAUGAUUUCCGCUCUAGAGGGUUGGAGAGACUGAUACCGGAUCCUACAUUGGUGCCUCCAGGUGAAAAGUCCAGGGUAGUCAACAUUGUAGGGGCGGAGGUGUAUCCUUGUGGUGGUACUCAUGUCGAUUCGACGGAUCUCUGCGGACAAACGACUGUAAAGAAGAUUUCUCGGAGCAAGGGCACGUCCCGAGUCAGCUAUACCGUGGCUUGA